AUGGCCAUGCUGUGUCUUCUCCACCUGUUUACUUGGUUCGGUAGUGCGGUAGGAGCUGCACCUACAACUUCUACCUCCAAGCGCAGACUUGCCAUGCUGGCACGGCGCCUGGCUCAUCAAGGGAACACGGAAGAGAAGAAAUACGUGAACCGAUUCUGGAAAGAAAUCCACGUGGGAGACUUUGUGCGGCUCCGCUGCAAUGAGAUCAUCCCGGCGGACAUCCUGCUGCUGUCCUCCAGCGACCCGGACGGCCUGUGCCACAUCGAGACCGCCAAUCUGGACGGCGAGACCAACCUCAAGAGGCGGCAGGUGGUCCGCGGCUUCUCAGAGCUCGUCUCCGAAUUCAAUCCCUUGACCUUCACCAGUGUCAUCGAGUGCGAGAAACCGAACAAUGACCUAACUCGGUUCCGAGGUUGCAUCAUUCACGAGAACGGGAAGAAGGCCGGGCUGCAUAAGGAGAACCUGUUGCUCCGAGGCUGCACCAUCCGGAACACGGAGGCCGUGGCUGGCAUCGUGGUCUACGCAGGGCACGAAACUAAAGCUCUGUUGAACAACAGUGGGCCCCGUUACAAGCGCAGCCAGCUGGAGAGGCAGAUGAACUGCGACGUGCUGUGGUGUGUCCUCCUCCUCGUUUGUAUGUCUCUCUUUUCAGCCGUGGGACAUGGAUUGUGGGUUCGGAGGUAUCAAGAGAAGAAAGCAUUAUUCGAGGUCCCCGAGUCUGAUGGCAGCUCUCCCUCCCCAGUCACAGCGGCCGUGUAUUCCUUUUUGACAAUGAUCAUAGUUCUGCAGGUUUUGAUCCCCAUUUCUUUAUAUGUUUCCAUUGAAAUUGUCAAAGUGUGCCAAGUGUACUUCAUUAACCAGGACAUAGACUUGUAUGACGAAGAGACAGACUCACAGUUGCAGUGUCGAGCUCUGAACAUCACCGAGGACUUAGGGCAGAUACAGUACAUUUUCUCCGAUAAAACUGGCACCUUAACUGAAAAUAAGAUGGUUUUCCGAAGAUGCAUUGUGUCUGGUGUUGAAUAUUCUCAUGAUGCCAAUGCCCAGCGUCUGGCCAGGUACCAGGAGGCUGACUCUGAGGAGGAGGAGACUGUGCCCAAGGCCAGCACGCUGUCCCAGCGUGGCAGCAUUGGAAGCCACCAGAGCGUGCGUAUCAUGCACCGAACCCAGAGCACCAAGUCCCACCGGCGCACCAACAGCCGUGCAGAGGCAAAGAGGGCCAGCAUGCUGUCCAGGCACACGGCGUUCAGCAGCCCCAUGGAGAAAGACAUCACGCCCGACCCGAAGCUGUUGGAGAAGGUGAGCGAGUGUGACCGACGCCUGUCCAUCGCCAGGCACCAGGAACGCCCCCUGGCCCACCUCUCGCCCGAGUUGUCCGACGUGUUCGACUUCUUCAUUGCGCUCACCAUCUGCAAUACAGUGGUGGUCACCUCCCCGGAUCAGCCACGACAAAAGGUGCGGGUGAGGUUCGAGCUCAAGUCCCCGGUGAAGACCAUCGAGGGCUUCCUGCGGAGGUUCACGCCCAGCCGCCUGGCCUCGGGCUGCAGCAGCGGGAGCCUGGCCACCAAGUUCAGCCAGAAGUCGGGGUCCAGCUUCCUGUCCAACCUGUCCCACGACAGCAUCUUCGACCGGCUGGGCCAGCCGGCGCCGGCCCUGGCCAGCAACGGCUACAGCAGCCAGCUGCGCUACGAGGCCGAGAGCCCCGACGAGGCGGCGCUGGUGUACGCGGCCCGCGCCUACAGCUGCCGGCUGGCCGACCGGCUGCACGACCAGGUGUCGGUGGAGCUGCCGCACCUGGGCCGCCUCACCUUCGAGCUGCUGCACACGCUGGGCUUCGACUCCAUCCGCAAGCGCAUGUCGGUGGUGAUCCGCCACCCGCUCACCAACGAGAUCAACGUCUACACCAAGGGCGCCGACUCCAUGCUCAUGGACCUGCUGCGGCCCUGCUCCCCAGACGAUGCCAGGGGGAGACAUCAAAAGAAGAUCCGAAGCAAAACACAGAAUUACCUCAACCAGUACGCGGGGGAAGGCCUGCGCACCCUGUGCAUCGCCAAGAGGGUUCUGAGCAAAGAAGAGUAUGCCUGUUGGCUGCAAAGCCACCUGGAAGCCGAAUCCGCCGUGGACAACCGCGAGGAGCUCCUCUUCCAGUCUGCCAUCCGCCUGGAGACCAAUCUGCAUCUGCUGGGGGCCACUGGGAUUGAGGAUCGCCUGCAAGAUGGAGUCCCAGAAACCAUCGCUAAAUUUCGGCAAGCCGGCCUGCAGAUCUGGGUCCUCACUGGAGACAAACAAGAGACGGCCAUCAACAUUGCGUACGCCUGCAAGCUCCUAGACCACGAGUAAACCGCACCGCCCUCUUCAUGUCCUUUUCAGGAAGCGUGUGCAGCCCUCCUGGAUCAGUGCCUGCAGUAUGUGCAAUCCAGGGGGCCCUACAGCGCCCCCGAGAACACGGAAAGCAAUGUGAGCGUGGGGUUCUCCCCUCUCUACCCAGCCUCCACGUCCUCGGCCUCCGGCCCCAGCCCCAGCCUCGUGAUCGACGGGAGAAGCCUAGCUUAUGCCUUGGAGAAAAACCUGGAGGACAGAUUUCUCUUCCUGGCCAAGCAGUGCCGCUCGGUCCUCUGCUGUCGGUCCACCCCUCUGCAGAAGAGCAUGGUGGUGAAGCUGGUGCGAAGCAAGCUCAAGGCCAUGACGCUGGCCAUAGGUGAUGGAGCCAAUGAUGUCAGCAUGAUCCAGGUGGCAGACGUGGGCGUGGGAAUCUCAGGCCAAGAGGGCAUGCAGGCAGUGAUGGCCAGUGACUUUGCAGUGCCCAGAUUCCGAUACCUGGAGAAACUCCUCAUUGUCCACGGCCAUUGGUGCUACUCCCGCCUGGCGAACAUGGUGCUGUACUUCUUCUACAAAAACACAAUGUUCGUGUGCCUCCUGUUUUGGUUCCAGUUUUACUGUGGCUUCUCCGCAUCUUCCAUGAUCGACCAGUGGUAUCUGAUCUUCUUUAAUCUGCUCUUCUCGUCACUUCCCCAGCUUGUGACUGGGGUGCUGGACAAGGACGUGCCAGCCGACGUGCUGCUACGUGAGCCACAGCUCUACAGAAGUGGCCAGAAUAUGGAGGAGUACCAGCCCCGUGCCUUCUGGUUAAACAUGGUAGACGCCGCCUUCCAAAGCUUGGUGUGCUUUUUCAUCCCUUACCUGGCCUACUACGACUCAGAUGUGGACAUGUUCACCUGGGGGACCCCCAUCACGGCGAUCGCACUGUUCACCUUCGUGCUGCACCUGGGUAUUGAAACCAAAACCUGGACCUGGCUCAACUGGAUUGCUUGUGGCUUCAGUAUCCUUCUGUUUUUCUCUGUGGCUUUGGUUUACAAUGCCUCCUGCGCCACGUGCUACCCUCCCUCGAACCCCUACUGGAGCAUGCAGACCUUGCUGGGAGACCCCGUGUUCUACUUGACUUGCUUCCUCGCGCCCAUCACGGCCCUGCUGCCCAGAUUGUUCUUCAGAGCCCUCCAGGGAAGCCUGUUCCCCACUCAGCUCCAAUUGGGACGUCAGUCAGCCAAGAAAUCCCCCAAGAAACUCAACACUCCCCCAGAAAUCUUUGCUCAGGGACACCUCCCAGGAGACCCAAGAACUGAGCAUUCCCAAGGGCGGACCCUGAAUCCUUCCAGGUCCCUGUCCAACAAUUGUGCCUCCUGCUCCCCCGAGGCCAGGGGAGAGCCCAGUGCGGUGGACACCAGUGUGCCGUUGAGAGAGAACACCCUGGUGGAGGGGUUGGGGACCCAAGCCCCAGGACCCUCCCUGCUGGGAGAAGCUACUUCCCAAGACUGUCCUGGAGACUCGAAGAGGAAAUCGACCAGUGCAGGCCGGGCAGCGCCCCUGGCCUCCCUCUUCAACCUCCCCAACUUCAGCUCCCUCAACUGGGCCUCCUCCUUGUCCCUGGUCAGUGGGCUGGGGAGUGUCUUACAGUUUUCCAGGAGUAGUUUACAGAUGGAUAAACAGGAUGACGAGUUCCUGGCCAGUCCGCCGCCAUCAGAUCAGGACUUGCAUGGCUUACAAGGACAAGUCUCUGACUAUUUCUAGGGUCCUUUUUCUUUAUAGAACAUAGAUGUUAAUGUUAUUUAUGUUUAUUAUUUGCACAGGGGAGAUGUUAUUUUUAAAUGUUUCCAAGGCUUAAUCCAGAGAAAGCAGAGGUACCAAAAGAAAAGUUUUAUUUUUUAAAGUUCUAAAUAGAGUAUAUUGAUA